AUGUUCAAGUCUCUUCUCGAAUCCAUCUUCCCUUCCGUCAUGAAGCAUCCAUCGGACCCCCCGACAGUCCCUUCUCCCCCCAGCCAGCCAAACCAACGGGUAACUGGCUCGACUUGGAAAGUUCGCCCAAUGGACCAUCCCGUUUCCGCCCCUUGGAAGCUCGGCGUUUCCAGCACAGACGCCGCCAAGCUCCUCGGCGGCUAUCAGCCCGCGGCAAUGGAAGAUCGCUGGAUGUGUCGUUCGGAUGGGCCGGACCCGCAGGGCAACAUAGUGGUCCACGUCUACCGGAGUUGGACCGGCGAUGAGCACUUGCAAAUCAAAGCACGACUCUCGAAUCUUGAUGACGGCACCGCGACCCGCAACAAUACGGUGGAGGCUGCCAGAGUACCUCCGGCGGACAUUACGGAAAUUGUGUGGGACGCAAGCAGCGGCGUUUCGGAGUGCGAGGCGAAGACCCUAGCGACUAUGAUUUGCAAAGGAGUACUGGGAUGCGAGCUGGAGAUGUCACCUGAGAAGCCACUCUGA